AUGGCGGACCUGCAGAUGAAACUGCUCCGCAAGAAAAUACAGAAAAGAAACGAUAAAAACAAAGAAAGAAAACAACUAAAGACGAAAACAGAAGAAGAAGACACAGUAAACACAAACAGACUGAAAGAUGAGUGCUGUGAAGAACCAGCAGCCGCCUGUCAGACACAAACUGAGCCCAAGAAGAAGAAGCAGCUCCAGCUGCAGCAGAAGAAGAAGAAGCAGAAUGGCGUCGCGAUGGACGUAAAGGCCGACACAGACGAAACUCCGCUGAAGAAGACGAAGAAGAAAAGGAAGCUCACAGACACAGCUGGGUCACCAGUUGAGAAAAAGACCAAAACAGUGAAAGAAGGCGAUGACGAAGAGGAGGAUGAGGAGGAGGUAGAAGCAGCAGAUAAUGAUAAGGAGCAGGCUGCUGAUGAACCAGAGGGAGCUGCAGAUGAAGACGACGACGAUGAUGAUGAUGAGGAGGAUGAUGAGGAAGAAGAAGAUGGGGAGGAGGAUGAUGAUGAUGAAGAAAAUGAAGAUGAUGAAGAGGAAGAUCAACCUGAGCUACCAGCUGGAUUAACAGGAGCGUUUGAGGACACUUCCUUCGCCUCUCUCAAUGAGCUGGUGAGUGAACACACGCUGAAAGCCGUGAAGGAGAUGGGCUUUGAACACAUGACCGAGAUCCAGCAUAAAAGUAUUCGUCCCCUGCUGGAGGGAAGGGACGUUCUGGCUGCUGCAAAGACCGGCAGCGGUAAAACUUUAGCCUUCCUCAUCCCGUCUAUAGAGCUCAUCUACAAACUCAAGUUCAUGCCCAGGAACGGUACGGGCGUGGUGAUUCUCUCUCCUACUCGUGAGUUGGCGAUGCAGACGUACGGAGUGAUGAAGGAGCUGAUGUCGCACCACGUUCACACCUUCGGCCUCGUCAUGGGAGGCAGCAACCGCUCAGCCGAGGCUCAGAAACUGGCUAACGGUGUGAACAUCCUGGUGGCGACGCCCGGUCGACUGCUGGACCACCUGCAGAAUACGCCUGGAUUCAUGUAUAAGAACCUGCAGUGUCUGAUUAUAGACGAGGCCGAUCGUAUCUUGGAGGUCGGCUUCGAGGAGGAACUGAAACAGAUCAUCAAACUGCUGCCGAAGCGGAGGCAGACGAUGCUGUUCUCAGCCACUCAGACCCGUAAGGUGGAGGACUUGGCUCGUAUCUCUCUGAAGAAGGAGCCGCUCUACGUCGGCGUUGACGACAACAAAGACCACGCCACGGUGGACGGUCUGGAGCAGGGCUACGUGGUUUGUCCGUCAGAGAAGCGCUUCCUGCUGCUCUUCACCUUCCUGAAGAAGAACCGUAAGAAGAAGCUGAUGGUCUUCUUCUCUUCCUGCAUGUCCGUUAAAUUCCACUACGAGCUCCUCAACUACAUCGACCUGCCCGUCUUGGCCAUCCACGGCAAACAGAAGCAGACCAAACGAACCACCACCUUCUUCCAGUUCUGUAACGCUGACUCAGGGAUCCUGCUGUGUACAGAUGUGGCGGCUCGAGGUCUGGACAUCCCCGAGGUGGACUGGAUCGUCCAGUACGACCCCACCGAUGACCCCAAGGAGUACAUCCACAGAGUUGGUAGAACAGCUCGAGGCAUCAACGGCAGAGGACAUGCGCUCCUCAUCCUCCGACCAGAGGAGCUCGGCUUCCUGCGCUUCCUCAAACAGGCCAAGGUGCCACUGAGCGUUGAUUUCUCCUGGAGUAAAAUCUCUGAUAUCCAGUCUCAGAUGGAGAAGCUGAUAGAGAAGAACUACUACCUCCACAAGUCGGCCCAGGAAGCCUACAAGUCGUACGUGAGAGCUUACGACUCUCACUCGCUCAAACAGAUCUACAGCGUCAACACCCUCAACCUCCCCAUGGUGGCGCUGUCCUUCGGCUUCAAAGUUCCCCCAUACGUUGAUCUCAACGUGCACAGCGGUAAAGGCUCAAAGAUGCAGAAGCGAGGCGGCGGCGGAGGUUUCGGUUAUCAGAAAUCCGGCCAGCACAAGUCGAGAGUCUUUAAACACGUCAACAAAGGAAGGAGCGACAAGAGGCAGUUCUCUCGCUGAGCCUUUCAAAAUAAAACUCCUCUUGGACUGAUGAACUUCCUCCUUCUGUGUUACUCAAAGAAGAACUGCUCUUUUUAUUUUCCCUUCUCUUUUUUUAAUUUCCUGCUUUGAACACGGCCUCAGAUUAAAUCUUCCCCCUCUGAUGUUUAUUUAGACCCUUUUUUUUGUCUCAUAUGAGUUUUUUGAGAUUUAUUUUGUAAAUGUAAAACAAUAUUUGUGGAUCAACAUUGUAACAUUUUCUUCCUUGUACCUGAAAUAUUAAAUCUCUAUCGUCUUUGACUAUA